UUGUUGUGGAGGCGCUGCUAGGGAGUGAGGCGGUAGCGGCGGCCAUAUUGUCAGAAAGGGAGUGAGAGAGAGUCUAAAUCUCCGGAAAGAGACUGACUGACAGGCUCUCAAUCCCCGGGAUAGAGGGAGAGGCAUCCCGUCUCCCCGGAUAGAUAGAGGGUGUCCGGGGACAGGGAGUGUCCGGAUCCCGGGGAGAGAGAGAGAGGAUCAGGGAGUGUCCCCGGGCCGGAGUCCCCAUCACCCGGACAGCGGCACCAUGAGCACCCGCUCGGAGCGGGAGAAAUCCCAGAAACAGAAUGAGCAGCACCAGGUCAUCCUGUCCAAACUACUGCGGGAGGAGGACAACAAAUACUGCGCCGACUGCGAGGCUAAAGGUCCAAGAUGGGCUUCCUGGAAUCUUGGUGUUUUUAUUUGUAUCCGGUGUGCAGGGAUCCACCGAAACCUUGGCGUUCAUAUAUCCCGAGUAAAGUCGGUUAACUUGGACCAAUGGACACCAGAACAAAUACAGUGCAUGCAAGAUAUGGGAAACACCAAGGCUCGACAUCUCUAUGAGGCAAACCUUCCUGAACAUUUCCGGAGACCUCAGACUGACCAAGCUGUAGAAUUUUUCAUCAGAGACAAAUAUGAAAAAAAGAAGUACAUGGAUAAAAAUGUCAACAAUGGAAUCACAAUAACCACCUCUGAUGCUGCUGCACCCUUGCCAUCAUCUCCCUCUUUAUCAAAUGCUGCUGAGAAGAGCAAGCUAGAGAGAGAAACGGACAAAAGGAAAGAUGAAAAGAAGAGGGGAAAAGAUCAAGAGAAACCCAUUGCUUUAGAGAAAGUAAAAAUGUCUCCUCCCCAUGCCAUGGGUCUACCUCCAAGCAUCAUCAGCCUAACUGGAGAAGACCUUCGUACAGAGAAGGAAUGCAUUGUUGCUGCAGCUGUGAAGAAAGAUCAAACGGACACCAGAAUGAGCCCUCAGAAGGUAGCACAAUCCAGCAUUGAUCUAUUAGGUCUGGAUACUCCUAUUGAAGCUCCUAUUGCUAAUGGCAGCGCCACUUCAGGUACAAGCUUGAAUGAUGACCUUGACAUUUUUGGCCCUAUGGUUUCCAAUCCUCUUCCACCAUCGGACACACAGCUACAUCAGCCCACUUCCACAAAACUAUCAGGAGCAGCCUUAUCUGCAGCAGCGGGUGAUCUUGAUCUUUUCACUGAGCCAACCACAAAAUCAGAUGACUCUGCUAAGAAACUACUGUCCAAGGAUUCUAUCUUAUCAUUAUAUGGUACAGGAGCAAUGCAACAACAACAAGGCACUCCAGCUGCUGUAUUCAUGGCACCUUCUCCAAUGCCAUAUGUCUCACACCCUGCAGCCAGUUACCCUAAUUUCCCUAGCCUUGGAGCACCUAUGCCUGCACCCACUGGUAUGAUGGGAAAUAUGAUGGGACAACCAGUUGGGAUGGUGGCCCAGCCAGCGGGGAUGGUGGUUGGCAUUGGAAUGCCAAAUGGAUUUAUGGGUAAUGCGCCAACUGGUGCCAUCAGAGUCCCGGAGAAUAUGAUGGCUCCUCAAGGAGGAAUGGUGGGAAAUUCAUACAGUGUGCAACAAAGCCAGCAACCACAGUGGAACCUCAGUCAGAUGAAUCAGCAGAUGGCAGGGAUGAAUCUGAGUUGCCCCAGUGGUGUGAUGGGCUUCAGCCAAUCUGCAGGCACAAUGGGAGGAUGGACAGGCAGUCCUACAGGCCAGACUCUCAGUACUCAACUGUGGAAAUGAAGCAAAAUAAGGCCACCAUACUGGAAUUAUCCAUCAUCUCUUGAUUGCAUAACAGACUUGUUAUUUUAUCUAUGUAAAAAGAAAUGCCCUGAUUUGACUGCAAAUAUUACCUAGUUGAUCUAGACCAUUCCUGGCAGUCUAUUGUUGAUUCAGUCUAAUUAAGUCAUUCCCUGGUUAAACUAUGGAAUACCAGUACAGAAGUUUUCCUCACCACCAUCUUUUUCUAAAAUGUAUCCGUCACAUGCUGUCUGAGCAGUUUAGAAUAAAUUGUAAUGAUAUUGUUAUGUGACUUGUAGCUAGUACUUGUACUGCUCGGGGAAAGGACAGUGAAUUGUCAGUUUAGUAACUUCCCUCCCUCCAAAAACCCAGUACUCUUAACAAACAUCACCUGAACUCCCUGUAGAAGAAAUUGUAUGAGCUGAUGUGUGCUAAAUAACUAGGUGUAAAUGUGUUUAAAAAGCUGUUCUUGGAAUACCAUCUUUUUUAUUUUUGUUCCAACCAUUUGUUUCUUUUCUUUAUGGUGAUAUAAUGAUGUGGAGCAAAUAACAGAAAGCAAAGUUAGAAGAAAAAUAAAUCUGGAUGGUAGAGUGAGUCAUUUGAACUGAUGUUUGGGUUUAGAUCCCAGCAAUUGGAAACAAAAUACAUAUGUUGCAACUCAGGUUUGAACUGUUUUACUACAAUUAACAAGCUACCCAUUCUUAACUGGCAGUCCCAGAGGUUCUCUAUGCCUUAUCGCAUCUUAAUCUGACAGUAAACUUUUCACUUUCUCUGCUUAAAGGUUUCUCACAGUUGGGUGAUCUGUAUCACCUUAUAUCACACCCAUCUCCUUUGAAAAAACUUUAGCAGUGCAUUGGAUUAAAUAUUAAAAGACAAAUAUUGACUGUAAUUGACCGUAAUGCAAACUGCUAACCUGUCACAAGGUGCACUGAUAAAUAGGUAACACAUGCCCUUAAGUCUGCUAUAAAUCUGUGUUUAACAAAGCUGAAAUUCUCAGCUAUUUGAAACAAAAAUUCAGUAACACUGGUAAAAAUGAUUAACCAUUAGGAAUUUUCAAUACCACGAUAAUCUGUAAUUGCUAACUUUGUACAUAUCGAAGUGUAAGGAGCCUAUAUAUGUUUUCAAUGUUGUCACUAAUGUUUAAUUUAUUUUGGCCAUCAGUCUUGAAACACUUCACGCACAAUGCCACUAAAUAUUGCAGCAUUAGCUCAUUUAAUAUUUUGUCCGACAAAUGUUCUAAAUUUGUUUUCAAUUAUGUGAACCAAUUUUGAAUGUCUGUAGGUCUUUCAAAAGACAAGCGAAAAGAAUAUUUUUAUGAAUUUUUUUCUCCCGUCGAUAUCUUUUUGAAUCACCAACCUAUCUGAGAGGUUACCUUUUCUUUGGGGAAGUAAGCUUUAGUUAAUAGGUUGAGAUGCAGCAGCAAAACACCUGGGACAGAAGUUCCGAUUCUGUGCUCACCAGCCCGUGAUUUGCUGCCCAUUUCCUUUGAAAGUAAAAAAAUCUCAUGCUAACGGGCACUGAAUUUGAAUUCCUACCCCUGAACAUUUCAAAAAAUACCAUACCACUUACAAAUUAUUGAUGACACCAUACUGUCACACCUUAAGAGUUAAUGGUUCUGUAUUCACAGAUUUUAAAGUAGUGUUACUAGUACUUCACCGGUAAUAUAAAGGGCAACUGUUUUUUAAAAGCUUUUGAGUAUUAUAGCUUUGUUAAACCUUAAAGGCCACUUAAUAACAGAUAAUUAAAGUGAAGAGUUAUCAACUAAAUGCACCAAACAUGGACAGGGUAACUUCCAUUAACCUUGAAUUUCCCUAGAGCUACAUCCAGGUUUAUUACUGCGGCUGUGUUUACAUUUUAUGGUGCCUAGUAUAGCAAGUAUGUUACUUCCCUGUAUUAAAUCAAUUAAACCACUAUCUGUGUGCA